AUGUGGUCUGAUUCUGGCCUCCUGGCAAUCUCCUUGCUGGCCCUUCCAUACCUCGCAAAGGGUUAUUCCCUGGCAAAUGAUUACACAGGGAAUAACUAUGCCGACUUUUUCGGCAAGUUUACUUUUUGGACGGACACGGAUCCGACCAAUGGAUAUGUGGACUACGAAACGGUGGCAACAUAUACCUCGGCGUCGACACGAGCUAGCGGCCGCAAGAGUGUUCGUUUGACCUCAACCGAUACUUACAACCCCGGCACGCUUUUCGUGGCUGAUAUUGCCCAUAUGCCUGAAACGUGUGGUACAUGGCCAGCUUGGUGGAUGACAUCUUCGACCUCCAACUGGCCGCAAGAGGGCGAAAUCGACGUUGUCGAAAACGCCAACAAUGCACAGAAUAAUCAAAUGUCUCUUCAUGUGAGCAGCGCUCAGGGCCAAUGCCAGAUCGAUCAGAAUGCGGAUAUGACCGCCAGCAAGGUCCGGUGGGGAGACUGCAACGAGGAAGACACGGAAGGGUGUGAUGCGAACGACCCUCGCACCAAUUCCUUUGGAAGUGGCUUCAAUGACAACAGCGGUGGUGUAUAUGCCAUGGAAUGGGCUGCAGACCAUGUCAAAAUCUGGUUUUUCCCGCGGGAUUCCAUCCCCGAUGGCAGUGGUGGUCCGUUGGGAGACUCUCCUGAUCCAACAACAUGGGGCAGCGCAACGACGGCAUUCGACAGCCAGGAUGGUACAGGAUGUGAUAUGGGUGCGCAUAUCAAGAAUCAGCGGAUUGUUAUUGAUACAACAUUUUGCGGGGCCUGGGCUUCGGGAACUUGGGAUAGUUCUGGGUGUGCAUCCUCAACUGGUUACGGCUCCUGCGAGGACUAUGUCCAAAACAUGCCAGGCGAUUUCGUGUCUGCCUUUUGGACGUUUAAUUCAAUGAGGGUUUUUACUUGA